AUGUCGGGUCUCAACCGCCAAGCUAUGGAGCAGGAGCGAUUGGCAAGACAAGGCAAGCGAAAGCGAGAGCCCUCACCUGUGCCGGCCUCGAACCUUGAACUGUUCAAUCCUUUGGAAGGACAGGAUGAUGCGUGGCAGCUAGGCGAGCCUGUUGAUGACUUUGUCAGGCGACUUCCUCCAUAUACAACCUCCAUCUCUACAUGUCCCUGGAUCCGGGCUGCUAAUCCGUAUCGCAAUCCUCGCGACAAGUCACCUUCGCCGCGUGUUCAAGACUUUACAUCGCGUGGCACGGAGUUGCUUCAACAGUCGCUCCAGACCCGCCGCAACAUCCAGAAAGAAGGCGCGAAGGGGCCUAGGGGAAUGGUCACUAAACAGCUCCUUCAAGAGAGCAAAGCUCUACAAGAACGGAUCUCGGACCUUGCAAAGGACACGCAUGUUAUGUCCGGGAAGUGGAUGUUGUUCCCCAAAGCUGUGGAAGUUGCUCGGGUCUGGAAGCAAGUCGUCGCAAAUGUGAUCGAUAAUCGACUUGGCUGUACCUGCAAGGUGGCCACAGACGACGGCAAGGACGAGCGACUAAUCUGUGUCUACACAAAUGACUUCCUGGAUGCUGACGAUGUACUGCGAGUACUCCACGAGCUUGAGACCAUGGGUCUCAUCAACGUCGGCAGGACCAUUUACUACAAACCAGAUGCCUACACCUAUCUGGAUCUUAGACGCGAAACGGCUGCAGAAUAUGGACUCCAAGCCAGUCUUUACAACUCACGAACUCUGUUGGCAGCUAACAAAGUGUCAAAGUCAUCCUCGUUUCCGCAGACGAAGCAGUCGACGCUGAAGAAGUGA